AUGGAAAGUCUACUAGCCCAAGAAAACGAGGAAAAGACAGAAGUCGCAAUCUACUACAUAAGAAAGCGCAUGAUAGGAUACAAACUUAAUUAUUUUCCCAUAGAAAAUGUGUGUUGGGCCCUAGCUUGGGUCACCAAGAGACUAAGGCAUUAUAUGCAAGCCCACACAGUCAAGUUAGUAUCAAGACUCGAUCCAAUUCAUCAUUUAUUCCAGAAAAUGCUUUUGUCUCCGAGAUUAACUACGUGGAUGAUGAUGAUGAUAUCAGAGUACGACAUCGUGUACAUAGUUCAAAAAUCUAUCAAGGGGAGUGUUGUAUCAGAUUUCCUCGCAGACCAACCAAUCAAAGUUGAAGACGACGAGGAGUUAACAUUCCCAGACGACGAAGUGAUGCCUAUUAACUCUACAACCUGGAAGUUACUAUUCGAUGGAGCUUCAGGCAAGAAAGGCUAUGGCAUCAGAAUACUACUUAUCGAUCAUGUGGGAACAUACAACCCAAUCUCAGUCAAGCUCGAAUAUCCCGUGAUGAACAAUGAAGCAGAGUAUGAAGCAUGCAUCUCUAGCUUAAAGAUUGCUCAUGAAAAAGAAGCGAGAUGUCUAGAAGUAGUAGGAGACUCAAACUUAGUCAUUUCACAAACUAAUGGUGAAUGGCAAGUCAAAGGAGAGAACCUCAAAUCUUACCAUCAACACUUAUUGACUCUAAUGACUAAGUUUGAACAUGUGACAUUCACGCAUGCUCCGAGAAGUCAGAAUCAAUUUGCAGAUGCUUUGGCCAUGUUAGAAGCCAUGACACAAAUCCCAGAAGGAAUCAAAAUCUAG